GCAUAAAUUUAGACUGAAAUGUAUUGUUUCUCUUUUAAUGUACUUCAAUGCCGUCUUUAUAUAAUCUAUGAACAAAACUGAACCGUACUUUAGUGAUAGUUUUAUAAACAUUUUUCACGCGAGUAUAGUUAUAAAUUAUUAAAUUAUAUUUAUAUUAUAUUUAUGAAAGAAUUCUUAAGAGUUAUUGAUAACAGAAUCGAUAUCACACGACGUGAGAGGUUGUUCAAGCCAAAUAUAGAUAUGGCAUUAAUUAGAAGAGCAACUCAUGCUGGUAGUUGGUACUCAGAUUCUGGUUCAGAAUUGAAUAAGCAACUAGAAGGUUGGCUGGGUGCAGCAGACCUAUCUCAUGGACCUGCUAGGGCAAUCAUUGCCCCACAUGCAGGCUAUAGCUAUUGCGGAGGAUGUGCUGGUUAUGCAUAUCGUCAAAUUAGUCCUGUAGUUGUCCGCAAGAUAUUUAUUCUAGGCCCUUCUCAUUAUGUGAGAUUGCCAGGAUGUGCCCUGUCUACUGCUUCCAUGUAUCGAACACCAUUAUAUGAUUUACAUAUUGAUCAACAAGUGCGGAGAGAACUUGAAGAGACAGGACAUUUCGAAUGGAUGGAUUUGAACACAGAUGAAGAGGAACACAGUAUUGAAAUGCAAUUACCAUUUUUAGCUAAAGUUAUGGAAGGAUUUAAAGAUUCAUUUACUAUAAUCCCCAUUUUAGUGGGAUCUUUAACACCAGAAAGAGAAGCUCUUUAUGGAAGAUUAUUAGCACCUUAUUUAGCUGAUCCUCAAACAUUGUUCGUUGUUUCCUCAGACUUUUGUCAUUGGGGACAAAGAUUUCGAUAUACAUACUAUGAUAGAUCAUGUGGUCCGAUUCAUAGAUCUAUCCAAAAUCUUGAUAAGAUGGGCAUGGAUAUAAUAGAAACAUUGAACCCUACAGUGUUUACGGAUUAUCUUAAAAAAUAUGGCAAUACUAUAUGCGGCCGUCAUCCAAUUGGUGUUUUGCUACAGGCAAUACACAGUUUGAAAGGAAAUACUAAUGGUCAAAAAAUGAAUUUAAAAUUUUUGAAAUAUGCUCAAAGUAGUCAGUGCAAUAACAUGAAUGAUAGCUCAGUUAGUUAUGCAAGUGCUUCCUUAGUUCUUGAGUGAUGUUAUAGAUUAUUCUUUUAUGAUCAAUAACAUCUGAGAAUAAAGACAUUUGAUGAAUGUGGUAACUAAAUUUAAUAAUGCUAUCAGUCAUAUUGUAAAAAGUCCGACUAUAUGAACUAUAAAAUAAGAUAAUACCAAAAAAAAAACAGAAAAAAAGAAAAGAAAAGGGGGAAAAAAAGAAACAAAAAAAAAAUUACUAUGGCUGAUACUAUUAAUCACAAAUAUGAAAGAGUUACCCUGCGUGCAAAAGAAAAUAUUUGAUUGUUACAACGCAAAUGAAUGUAUACUAUUAACAAUGUCAAAAUGUUUUUUGUAUAAGUGCAUUUUCUUUUAAUACUUACACAAAUCGUAUUCAGUACUUCCAUAAUUAUUGCAAUAAAGGAAGGAGCUUAAGUAUUUCUUUGCUUUGGUUGGAAAUACAGCCAUGUGUAGUUAAUUAUAUAAUUAUAUAUAACACAUAAUUUAUAUAUGUAUAUAUACAUGGAGAGUAAGUAUAACUACUGACAAUGAAGAGAGAACAAAAAAUCUUUCACUUCAUGCCUUCAAUAUUUAACUAUUUCAAACCAGAUGUCCAAAUAUUAUAUACGGGUAAAAUAUUUUUUUAGUGUGCUUCUAUAAAAUAACUAGAAAAUAUCUUUCUUUUUUAUCUAUCAAAAUAAAAUAAAAAAAGAAAGAAAAAAAAAAAAAAAAAAAAAAAAAGAAAAAAACUGAAAUAUGCAAACCUAUAAUUACGUAGAUAUCGAAUAAAAAUUUUGAUAAGAGAUAAAAUAAACCUUAAAGAGUAAAUAUCUAGUCAUUUUCAGUGUCUUAAAAAUAACUGAAUAAUAAAAAUGUUCAGGCUAGUCAAAAUUUUAUUUAUUUAUUGAUAAUGGAAAAAAAAAAACAGAAGAAAAGUAGAAAAAAAUAUAUCUCUUCUAUGUCAUUAGUAAAACUGCAUAUUCUGUGUUAAUUCAUAUAUUAUUAUAUGAAAAGAACUGGUAUUAAUGAACUCCCACAAAACUUAAUACAUGUUAUAGAGUUUUUUCAAAACAAAGCAAUGGAAUGAUCUCAUAUCCUUCCUAUCCCAUAUUUUAUUAUUUAAGCUAAUAUGAUUAUUACACAAAUGGAAUAAUUCUUAUACUUUAUUACUCGUUAUAUAAUAUAUAUUAUUCAGAAGGAAACGAGGUCGAUAUAAAAGCAGUGUUUUGUAACAUAUAUAGUUUUUAAAUAUUCAUUUAUAUAGGUUUAUUUUUUAUACUCUUACAAAUUUCUUUGUAUAAUUAUAAAAAUGAAAAAUGUUAUGUUUUUUUUUUCUUUUUUAAUAUUGCUAUUUAGUACAUUAACUCACAAAACUCUGCUUAAAAUAAUAAAAUAGAACAUAAUAACGAAUAAAAAACAACAAACAAACAAAUAACUCGUUAUCUGUAAGACUUCCAUAGGGAUAUAUCUAUGGAAUUGUAAAAGUGAUCCUGUACAUGUUGCUUUUUCUAUCUUUAUAUACUAAGAAUAAUAAUGUUUAUAUUUGUAUGAAGAAUCUGGAAUAAUCCACGCAUCUUGUUUCAUAGCUGUCUAAUAAAAUUAAGUAAAAAAAAA